CCCCACCCCCUCCACCACCGCCACUUCCUGCCCACGUCGACGGACGGAAGCGAAGGCUGACGCCCGUUAAGCGCGUUCGUCCGCGUCGAGCUGCGACGUCUACCGACGUUGAGGAACGUUCGACGACAACCUCGCGGCACGAGUCGUCGUCGUCGACCUCCGUCGCUGGCGGCGUGCGUUGGUUCGCGUCCGCACUACUUGAUCGGGUCGGAGCGACACGCGGCGGUUGAGAGGGUGCGUCUCUUUAAACGGUCGUCAGCGCCGAGCGUUGCUUCGUGGUGAUUACUCCGGGAUUACUUUGAGACGAUGGUGGCGAAGCAGAGGAUUCGCGUGGCGAACGAAGCCUACAGCAAGAAUAUCACGCAGCGCGGACAUGUCGCCAAAAGCUCCAAAGCCCAGGAGGAGAGGCUGCCCGUGAGUCCUGCCCUGAUUGCACUCUUCGUGUUCGUGGUCUGCGGCUCAGCUGUCUUCCAAAUCAUCCAGAGUGUGAGGAGUGGAUAUUGAGGCAGUGCUGUGAUGUCACUCCCCCAUCACCACCGACUUCUGCUGCCACGAUGUGGGAACGCAUCGCCUUGCCACCCCACUCCCAGCCUCUUGCCAACACCCAAGCCAGUCUUUUAAACGCAUGCUUUUAAGUGUUUAUGUAAAAUGUUUACAACACAAAUGUGCCUUCAAUGGAAAGUGAAUUACUAUUUAUUCAAAAUUGACAAAUAAAAGCCUAUUUCCUCGCUAAAUUU